AUGGGGCCCUUCAUCUGCCAGAAGACAAGCAGUCGGUCGCCGCUGUCAGAGGGGUCACCGGAGGGGAGGACGAAAGCAACUGCUCGUGCGGAGGUCGUCCUCGGAAUCUGCUCAGCCACGGUGGCUCGUAACUCGGCCGUGAGUGGCCAACAGUCAUCCGCUGGGCCUGGUGGCUCGUCGAUUUCAAUCUGGUCGUCGGGAAAUAGGGUGCAAGUGAUCAGAUGGCGACGGAAUGGAGAAUUCGCAGAGGGUGACGAUGGGAUUUGCAGGCCCACGCGGUGGACAACUCGUCGGCGGGAAAAACGAGCACAGGAUGUUCAGAAAAAUAUGAGGGGAGGAUGGUGA